CUCCUCCCAGCCGUCUCGUUUGCUUGGAAACGGUUUCCGUCCUGAAAGCUUCUCUUCUAUUCCCCAUCCUCCUGAGAUCUCACCGUGCCCCGGUCAUCGAUUGUGUGAUCGUAUAUUCUGCCGCAGCCACCAGUCCGAGUGAAGUCGCUUGACAGCAUCACCGUCGUCUUGACGCAAUACCGACGGGGCCUCGUCUACCCAACACACCCACCGUCCCCUUCCCUUCCCCAAGCUGGUCGAGAUGGGUUCCCAACAGUCCAAGACGGCGGUCGACGCAUCCAACGAAAAAGCCCUCCUCGAGCGCCUCCGCCGGAUCCAGGUCGCCGAUGACAACUUUGUCAACGUCGACGGCUCCUCAUCCUCCUCCUCCGCCACCGGCGCCGACAACGAAAAGAGCGAUGUCAGACUCACCCGCGAGCCCGAGGGCCUCCCCGUCCAGCAGACACAAUCCUGGCAGUCGCGGUUCCUCUCCGACCCCAAGAAUAAGCUCGCUCUCACGGCUCUCAGCACCGCCGACCCCCGCGCCGUGCUGGCGUCGACGCCCGCGAGGCUCGCCGACCCGCACGUCUUCAACACGCGCAUCCCCUUCGAGGGCGCGCCCAUGACGAACCAGCGCUCGUCCGGCCGGUGCUGGCUCUUCGCCUCGACCAACGUCUUCCGCGUCGCCCUCAUGCGGCGCCACGGCCUCGCCUCCUUCGAGCUCUCCCAGUCCUACCUCUUCUUCUGGGACAAGCUCGAGAAGAGCAACUACUUCCUCGAGCAGGUCAUCGACACCGCCGGCGAGGACCUCGACGGCCGCCUCGUCCAGCACAUGCUCGGCGACAUCGUCAGCGACGGCGGCCAGUGGGACAUGGUCUACAACCUCGUCCGCAAGUACGGCCUCGUGCCCCAGGCCCUGUACCCGGACUCGUGGAACGCCAUGAACUCGGGCGUGCUCAACUCCAUCAUCAAGACCAAGCUGCGCGAGUACGCCCUCGCCCUCCGCGCACAGGUCCGCUCCGGCUCUGGCUCCGGCUCCGCCCAUGCGCUGUCCUCGGCCAAGGACGCCAUGAUGCGCGAUAUCCUCUCCGUCCUCACCCUCGCCCUCGGCCCGCCGCCCGACCCGCGCGCCGAGUUCACGUGGUCGUACCUCGACAAGGACGGCAAGGCGCGCGAGCUCACGACGACGCCCGCCGCCUUCGCCACCGACAUCUACUCGCCCGAGCUGCGCAUCACCUCGUCCGUCAUCGACUCCAUGGUCUCGCUCGUCCACGACCCGCGCCACGAGCCGCUGACGCUACUCACCGUCGACCGCCUCGGCAACGUCGUCGGCGGCCGCGGCGUCACCUACGUCAACGUCGACAUGGCCACCCUCAAGGCCGCCUGCGUCGCCAUGAUCAAGGCCGGCCUCCCCGUCUUCUUCGGCUCCGACGUCGGCAAGUUCAGCUCCUCCGCCGCCGGCGUCAUGGACCUCGACCUCAUCGACUACGAGCUCGGCUUCGGCGUCUCGCUGCUCGGCAUGGACAAGGCGAGCCGCCUGCGCACGGGCGAGAGCGCCAUGACCCACGCCAUGGUCCUGACCGCCGUCCACCUCGACGCCGACGGCCGCUCCGUCCGCUGGAGGGUCCAGAACAGCUGGGGCGAGGGCGCCGGAGACAAGGGCUGGUUCGUCAUGACCGACGCCUGGAUGGACGAGUUCGUCUACCAGGCCGUCGUCGACGUGCGCUUCCUGAGCAAGGACGUCCGUGCCGUCAUCGGCACCGAGCCGACCGUCUUGCCGCUGUGGGACCCUAUGGGCAGUUUGGCCUAGAUUCUGACAGAGGUCUCUCGCGUGUGUUUGAGUGCGGAAUGGGGGCGUUGGUGGAGUUCUAACCAUCCGGGGGUGUUUGUGUGUUCAGAGGUGACGUUGCAGAUGCCUACUGUCGGGCUUUCUGGCUCAUCGGCGAGAUUCAAGCCUUCACCACGUAACUUGACCAGCAAAGGUCAUGGCUCACUUUGAUAGACACCCUGAAAUACAACUUUAAAUUCUUCAUCAUGGUGUUACAGCAGGAAGUAACUGCUGGUCAAGUUUUGUAGCAUACGCGCAGGCCUCGUCGAUACGUCAGAAAGUCCGUUAGUAGGCAACGUAUGGAAGUCAAGUGGUUCCCCAAGCAGUCAACCCAGGCCGUGUCCAUGGCCAUGCCAAGAAGACCAAUUGCAGGGUGGCGUGUCGAUUGUAUUUCGCUUUCAACUAUCAGCCAUGGCAACUCUUCCAUUUGCGCCGCCAACGGUCAUCCACGGGUCAGACCAAAGCUGUACAAAGCAAAGGACGGUACAGACGACCCUAGCCUGGAGUUUCCCUCGAGUCCCACCACCGUUGCAGAUCCGAUAUGGGCGCAUGCAUCGUUCUCGGGACGGGGACAUUCCUUGGCCCGGAUGCGUCCCCCGGCUCCCCGCCUCGUCGAAACCUCAUAGAGUGACCUCAAUUCACCAAAAUAGGUUCGUGCCCUCCGACUCAGGGACCAUUAGGUUAGGUUUUCCUAACUUGCGUACACUCUCC